AGAGCCCUGGGACAGGCUGCCCAGAGAGGCUGUGGAGUCUCCUUCUCUGGAGACAUUCCCAGCCCACCUGGAUGUGUUCCUGUGGGAUCUGCUGCAGGUGACCUGCUCUGGCAGGAGGGUUGGACUGGAUGAUCUCCAGAGGUCCCUUCCAACCCUUGACCACUCUGUGGCUACCCAAGGUGGGGGUGCAUGUGCAGGGGGGAAGGAAGGGACCUGAGGCAAGAGCUGUGGUGAUCACAAGAGGCAGGAGGUGGGUUUGUGGCUGAAGGUGCCAGGUGGGCAGGAAGGCAGGGUCUGAGGAGCAAUGAGUGGAACUGCAGUGAUCACCAGUGUCAGGAACUCAACAGACUGCAAGGUUUUCUGACUUACUUCCUGCAGGUCUUUUGUCAGUUAGCUUGAGGUACCUUCCAGCCAAAACCUGAGUGUUAUGGGACAUGAGCUUUUCCCCUCUCUCUCCUGAAGGUGUUCAAGCCCUACCAGGCAUCCCAGCACGACAUGUGCAGGUUCCACUCGGAGGACUACAUCGACUUCCUGCAGCGAGUGAGUCCCAACAACAUGCAGGGCUUCACCAAGAGCCUCAAUGCCUUCAACGUGGGAGAUGACUGCCCCGUGUUUCCAGGCCUCUUUGAAUUCUGCUCUCGCUACACCGGGGCCUCCCUGCAGGGGGCAACACAGCUGAACAACAAGAUCUGUGAUAUUGCAAUAAACUGGGCAGGGGGUCUGCAUCAUGCCAAGAAGUUUGAGGCCUCUGGGUUCUGCUACGUCAACGACAUCGUGAUUGGCAUCCUGGAGCUGCUCAAGUACCACCCACGUGUUCUGUACAUUGACAUUGACAUCCACCACGGGGAUGGGGUGCAGGAGGCCUUCUACUUGACUGACCGUGUCAUGACUGUGUCCUUCCAUAAAUAUGGGAACUAUUUCUUUCCUGGCACAGGUGACAUGUAUGAGGUUGGUGCAGAGAGUGGCCGUUACUACUGUCUCAACGUGCCCCUCCGGGAUGGCAUUGAUGACCAAAGUUAUAAACACCUUUUCCAGCCAGUCAUUAACCAGGUGGUAGAUUACUAUCAGCCCACCUGCAUCGUGCUGCAGUGUGGUGCUGAUUCUCUGGGGUGUGACCGUUUGGGUUGUUUCAACCUCAGUAUAAGAGGACACGGGGAGUGUGUGGAGUACGUCAAGAGCUUCAACAUCCCCUUGCUGGUACUGGGAGGAGGUGGUUACACGGUGCGCAACGUGGCACGGUGCUGGACUUACGAGACGUCACUGCUGGUAGAUGAAGCCAUCAGUGAGGAGCUCCCCUACAGUGAGUACUUUGAAUACUUUGCUCCGGACUUCACCCUUCAUCCUGAUGUCAGCACAAGGAUUGAAAACCAGAACUCCAGGCAGUACUUGGAUCAGAUCAGGCAGACCAUCUUUGAGAACCUGAAAAUGCUGAACCAUGCCCCCAGCGUGCAGAUCCACGAUGUCCCAUCUGACCUGCUCAGCUAUGACCGCACGGAUGAGCCUGAUCCAGAAGAAAGAGGCUCUGAGGAAAACUACAGCAGGCCUGAAGCUGCCAACGAGUUCUAUGACGGUGACCACGAUAACGACAAGGAGAGUGACGUGGAGAUCUGAGGGCUCUGCUGAGGGGCUUUGGACUCUGGUGGGGGCCCACACUGGACCUUGGUGCAGUUCCCGGGGUGGUGUAGGAGCCAGUUAGCCCUCCCUUCAUGUUUGAUUGCUUGUGGUGGCAGCAGAGACAGCACCACUGCAGGCUUCUGCUCCUGGAGAGGCAGAGAGCAGGGAAAUCGGUUCCUGUGUCACGGUUCAAGUUUCACCUCCCUGGGAAAUGAAAAUUCAAGGAGAGCUGGAAUUGUGCUGUGUACUGGCUGGUGGCUGCCAGCAGGGCCUGACCAGAGUUGGGGCAGUCACUCCUGGAGCUCCCUUGCAGGCUUCUGCCAGCAGGGUUGGAGCUGGAGCACCCAUGCCUACCAUCUUUGCCUCUCCUCAGCAGCAACCCUGGACACACCCUGCACCCCCAGCCCUCCACUCAGGUACCCAGUGGAUUGUCCUCUGAACCCUGCACUGAGGGUUGCUUCCUGAUGUCUCUUCUAACCAUCUGAUGCUCCACAGCUCCAGGAAAACCAUUUGAGAAGACAAGGCCAGCUGUGGGAUGGGUGUUGGGAGUGGCCUGGGAGCAGCUUGGGGGAGCAGGUUGGAAGAAUGUUCCCAGAACAGAAUCUUGGUUAUUCCCCUUCUACUCAAUUUUGUGUUCACAAACAAGUACUGCAGCCCUUCCCAAGCUGGACCUAACUUCCCUGUUCCCUUUAUUUUUGGAGAGGCUAAAAAUCACUGUGGAACAGAGGUUUGGCUGCCAAGGCCAGUACAUAGUGUGUCUUGCCCCUCUUGUAGCUUCCAGCUGUGUUUUCCAAGUUCACACGUGGCCCCCUCUGUCUGUUAGCAAGAGAUCUGGGCUGCUCCCUCCAAGUGGGAACCCUUCUCUCUUGACAUGCCCAGGAGACAUCUCUGCCUGUGGUGAGGGAAGCUGCUUCCUCCACAUCCUGUCUUGCCCUCACACAGCAGAGAUUCCUCUUGGCCAUCCCUCAAAUCCCAAAUUUUGCUGCUCCUUCUGAGUCAUCACCUGGUACCUGUUGUGGUUUGGGGAGGCAGGAGGGGUUGAGCCUCUCUCUGUACUGUUCUGUUUGUUUACUGAUGUCUUUAAACAUUAAAAGAAGAGGCAGUUAUUUUUCUUACCUGA